UUUAACCCGUUUGGUAUCACCGCAGUGAACAGGCGAAUCAUCCAUCGUUUUUAAUAUUUACUUGAACAAUAUCAUCAUCAACAUGACAGACACCGUCGCUACAACUCCGGCUCCAGUCGCCGCAUCGCCGGCCGCGAAGAAGUCUCCUGCCAAGAAGAAGUUGUCGGCUUCUAAAGUCAAGAAGACCGUUGCGUUGCACCCGACCACCGCCGUGAUGGUCACGUCGGCCAUCAAGGAGCUCAAGGAGAAGAAAGGUUCGUCGUUACCGGCCAUCAAGAAAUACUUGGCCGCCAACUACAAAGUCGAUCCCGCCAAGCUGGCGCCUUUCAUCAGGAAGUUUUUGAAAGCCGCCGUCGCCAACGGUACCGUCGUCCAGACCAAGGGAACCGGCGCUUCGGGACACUUCAAGUUGCCCGUCGCCGAGGUCAAGCCGAAAAAGGCCGUUGUAGCCAAGAAGAAGAAAUCCAUCGUCAAAAAAGUCAAAGCCGCCGGAACACCGAAGAAGAAGAAGCUCGUAGCCGCCAAGAAACCCGCGGCGGGUGAACCAGCAGCCAAAAAAGCGAAAAAGGCCGCUGCGACGAAACCCAAGGCGACUACACCAAAGAAGGCCCCAGCCAAAGCGAAAAAGCCGGCCGCCGUCAAACCCAAAUCGAAGAAAACUCCGAUCAAGAAAACCGCAGCUCCCAAAAAGAAGUAGUGCGGUAGUAAAAUACUAUCCCCUCUUCCUUCCUUAAAACGGUCCUUUUCAGGACCACCAAUUUUAUGACUCGCACUUCUCUCAAUAAAUAUAUUUCAUACAUUUACAGUAAGCUGUGUACGAUUGUAUUACGCGUGAUUUAGAAAAUAAUAUUUUAUAAAGUCCGUUCGCGUGUUUGGUCGUUUCAGACUAUGGACGGGUGAAACGUACCCAGUUGCAGUUUGAUUAUAUUGCAAUCGAUCAAAAUGAAAACAUCGGUUACAAUUAUUGUUAAGGAAUUCCCAAAUUCAAUAUUAUUUAUAACCGACUAAUAAUAACAUUUAAUUACGUCGAGAUACUAUUGCCCGUAUCGGUAUUUCUAUAGGUUUUUCAUUGAUGAGUUAUUUUUAGAAUGUUUUUACCAAAUUCCUCGUGACCCGCACAAUGGUUAUUAACGAUAUGAAUAUUAUUUAUUAUCAAAUUAUAAUGUUAUAUUUAUAUCGCCUGUGACAAUCGCCAAUUGUGUUGACGUUCAAAUAAUUCAAUCGAACAAAAAUAAUAAACCGAGACGUGAAUAGAAAGACAAGUCGUUAAGCAGUAAAUAAUAUAACUUAAACUCGCACAUUUCGUUACGUUCGGGUUAUUUUCAUCAAAUAUUUCGAUACUUUCAAGUUUCAGUUCGGAGCGGGACAAAGGCAGCUGUUUCUUCGGCGGCGGACAUCUGAACGUCUGGUCCUUGAUACAUAUGACACAGCUCUACGUUUCGUCGGAAGAGUCCGUGUUUACGCAUUCUUCAACCGUAUGACUGCAGUGUGUCAAUGGGACUGGAUCAUCUGGAUCAUUGUCACCUAAAUUAAUAAAAUGAAUAUUGUUAAUUCAUAAGUAAAAUAAAACAGCUUACAUAGUA